CGUUUCGUACUCAUAGCCGCAUUAAUAAGUUCACAUUUGAAGUGAUCGCAUGAAUCGCUUAUUCCGUACUCUGCUUGUGUGCUGCUAGUCUAAGCUUAUUUUAAUUUCUGCUUUCGUUUCUAAUUGUUAAUUGUUAUCGAAACUCAACUCAUAGAUAACUGUGAAAAUGGCUGGUUUAUCUCAGCUAAUCAAAACAGCGAUCCGGCCGGCAUGCCGUGCUCUGUCUUCCAAAGCCGCUCCCGCUGCGGAAGCUUCCUCACUCGGUCCCAGCUUUGGGCUGUCCGACGAACAGGCCGAAAUCGUGGACAUGACGAAGAAAUUCGUGCGGGAAGAAAUCAUUCCGGUGGCCGCUGGAUACGACAAAUCAGGAGAUUAUCCGUGGCCGAUCGUUAAGCGAGCCUGGGAGCUGGGGCUGAUGAAUAAUCAUAUCCCUGCCGAACUCGGUGGUACCGAAAUGUCUAUCAUGACUAGCUGUCUGAUUGCAGAACAACUAGCGUACGGUUGCACCGGUAUUAUGACUGCACUGGAAGCCAGCGGUUUGGGUCAAACUCCAGUCAUUCUGGCCGGUAAUGCCGAGCAGAAAAAGAAAUACCUUGGCCGGUUGAUCGAGGAACCGCUGGUGGCAGCGUACUGCGUUACGGAACCCGGUGCAGGCUCGGAUGUCAAUGGUGUCCGCACGCGGGCCGAGAAGAAGGGUGAUGAAUGGGUAAUCAACGGUCAGAAAAUGUGGAUCACAAAUGGCGGUGUGGCAAACUGGUACUUCGUGUUGGCCCGAACCAACCCGGAUCCUAAGUGUCCGGCAUCGAAGGCAUUCACCGGGUUUAUUGUUGAACGGGAAACUCCCGGACUGACCCCGGGUCGCAAGGAGCAGAACAUGGGUCAGCGUGCGUCCGAUACGCGCGGCAUCACAUUCGAGGACGUUCGUGUUCCCAAGGAAAACGUACUGAUCGGCGAAGGAGCUGGAUUCAAGAUCGCCAUGGGUACGUUUGAUAAGACCCGACCACCGGUAGCGGCCGGUGCCGUAGGACUGGCCCAACGCUGCCUUGACGAGGCAAUGAAAUACUCACUGGAACGAAAGACGUUCGGUGUUCCGAUUGCGGCCCAUCAGGCCGUGUCGUUCAUGCUAGCCGACAUGGCCAUCGGAGUGGAAACCGCACGACUAAUUACGAUGAAAUCCGCUUGGGAGGUCGAUCAGGGCCGAAGGAACAGCUACUAUGCUUCGAUUGCCAAGUGCUACGCAGCGGACAUGGCAAACAAGGUGGCCUCGGAUGCGGUGCAAGUGUUCGGUGGUAACGGAUUCAACACCGAAUAUCCGGUGGAGAAGCUUAUGCGCGAUGCUAAGAUUUAUCAGAUUUACGAAGGAACAUCGCAGAUUCAGAGAUUAAUCAUUUCCAGAAACAUGAUUGAGGCGGCUAAGGGAGGAAGUCUGUGAGAUUGACGGCAAUGGUUUGGAAUAUGUUUUUGUUUGGUAGCUUAAGCGUAAGAUUUUACUUUAAAUAAAUUUUGAAAGAUGAUGAUCACAAUAUUAGCCACUGAAUAAAAUGCUGUACUAUGAUUCUGUAUAUCGUGUAAAUGCAAUAAAUAUAUGUCGUUUUCGUUUUUAAAUUGCACUACACCGGUGUAGCGAAAGCUGCACUGAAACCGUUCGUUUUUACCAAUUGCACUACACCAGUGCUACACUUUUUCUGCGCCGAUACCACUGGUGUAGCACUCAUCAAAAGUUUGGUGUAGCUCUGUGCAAUGGAAUCGUUAAUUGUAGUCAAUGGUUACUGUUUAUGUUUUCGUCAUUUUUGUUCGUUUAUUCAUGCCUCAGUGUAGCACUGCACCGGUGUAGUGCAAAUUAAAAACGAAAACGCCAAUAGAUGAACGUGUCAGUUUUUGAA